UUUACUACCGUCACCCCCGAGGCUCGGAGCCGUUAGACCCCUCCCUCCCGGUCCUGGUUCUUGGCCAACGCCAACGCCGCUGCGGCACUAAAGAGCACGGAUCGAUUCCGUUCCCCUUGCUCGCCUUCGCAUCCGUCCCCUCCCCUUCCUCGGCGAGCAGCAGGUAUCUCCACAUUCUUGUUCUGCUGAAGCUAGCUGGGUAGGUGAUCCCAAGGACAGAAGCAAAAAUGGCUGCUGAUGUUGGGCAGCGAUUCAGCGGAUGGUCAUACUCGGAUUUGCCUUACAACGAUCACAAUCCGCAGGAUUAUUCAGUUCAGCAAAUGGUGCUCAAUCAUGGCUCAGUAUCAUUUGGUAGAUUUGCUGCGGAAUCCUUGUCAUGGGAGAAGAGGUCAGUGUUUGACCAUAACAGACGACAAGAGGAGCUAAGAAAACUUACAGCACCUGGCUUGGUUGCACAAAAGAAGGCGUUCUUUGAAGAAUAUUACAAGAGGGCAAGACAUCUGAAGGCUCAGGGGGCAAUGCAGCAGACUGAAGCCACAAUGGAGGAGAGGAACGAUGAAAGUACUCUUGGACACAGCAGACAAGCAGAUGCAGUUAUGUUAGAAAAUCCAGUGGCUAAUGCUCCAAGUUCUAGUUCUGAACCUUCCACUGAAGCCAACUCAUCAGAUGAGAGGAAGUGCCAAGAGCUUGGGUACUUGACAUUCAAUCCAUUGUUUUCUCAGACAGCCGUCUUGCAAAACAUUGAAGAGGAGGAGAGGCCUAGCUCUGGUCAAAAGCAAAAUCUCGACCAGGAGUUCCCCUGUACAGCACAUGCAAGUGGCAAUCAUGAAUUCAGCCGUGAAGCUAUUGAGAGAAAAGUUCUUGCACCAAGACAUGUGGUAUCAAAUGAUAAUGGUGAAAGUAAUGUUUCUGGCUCAAGGAUUGUCUUACCAGUAGCAAGUCUUUUGUCAGAAGGUUUGGAAGUUGGUCAUGAGAAGCGUGGGGUACGAAAAACUGUUGCUGUUGUUAAUAGGUCAACAAAGAUAUCGAAGGACCUGCAAACUUCUGUUAUCCACACCCGAAGGGUAGAUUUAAGAAGGAAUUCAGAGAACAGGCCCUCUCAAGACCUGAAGGAUCCCUUCCACAAGAGAGUUGAGAUGAAAUUGCGUGCUUUAUCUGAUAGGUUGGAUGCUGAUAAGACUGCGGCCUCUUCAAGAUCAGCUAUGACCUCAUGUAGAUCGUCAUAUCAAAAUGCUGAUAGACUUACAACAUCUUCCAGAUCCAGUAUGCGUCAGAACACUGAUAGAGUUUUGGCACCUUCUAAAUUAACUGCUCAAGCUUCUCAUAAAUAUCGAAAAGGUGUGCAACGUUCAGAUGCCCUUUGUAAAGGAUCAAGUCCUUCUCAUGUUGCAUCUACCAACAGUACUGCCACUGGGAAAUUAGCUGCCAAAACAUUGGUGAUGCCCAGUUCAUCUCAAGUUAGUGCAAGAACAUCCAGAACUGUUCAGGUUACAUCAAAAAGAUCAGCAGGACCUACUAGCAUAAACAAUGGAUCACAAAAUAAAAGGAAGCAGCUGAGCACACCCACAGCGCUGGAUGAAAAUAACAGGAAGAGAGGAUACAUGCGUGCAUCUGCACCUCCAAGUGCAAGAAGCAGCUCUGAAAAUAUCCCCCCUACUGCAAAGGCACCUAAGAUUUCAAAUGUGAGGAAUGUGGUUGCCAAGACUGAACUUGUGCAGAAGUCAAGAUCCGCAGGCCAUCCUGUUGGAGCAAGAUAUACGGCGACAAAGCGCUCUGUGAGCAAUGAACAAAACAGAAAGGUGCCCCCGUCAGCCGCUGGAAGACUGGCUGAAUCCGGCAUGAGGAGCAAUCUGAAAGGUGGUCCAUCCCUGACUAAGAAGAAGCCAAGGCAAGAGAGGCCACAAUGGCGAUGAUGGUGCUGCCGAGACACACCCACCGUUGGCUCAUGUACACGUGAUGAUCAAUCCGGGCCAGGAAGAAGCCUGAAACAACUCCUUGGCCUAUUCCAUUGCUGCCAGUAGCAAUCAACAGAGGCGUUUCCUGAGCCCAGUACAUAUAGCAAGAAGGAACAUGCCUUGUCUUGUAGCUGUAGCCUGUAGGUCGUCAGACAGGUACUGUGGUUGGCUGGUUGCUGUGACUGUGAUACGCAAAUCUUGGGCAGCGAUCUCGGAAAGCGUUGACACCUGCUGUAACCCAAUCCACUCAAGAACGCGACGGAUUUUUUUUUUCCCUUCCCUUUUUCA